AUGGAUCCAUCACCACCAAAACGUGUUACCCGCGCGAGGGCAGCCGCAAAGUCAACAAAAGAUACUGGAGUCAAAUCUUCCAAGGUCGCACCUGCCGUAUCGAAAGCAACCAAGGCCACCACCGUUACAACAAGUGCGAAGAGAAAGACUAGAGCAGAUGAAGAGGAUGAAGAUCAAAACGACGAAUUAGGAGAAGAGACCAAACCAGAACCAAAACCCACUCGCGGACGACCGAGGAAAGCUAAUGUACAAGUGGAAACGGAGGUAGAGGAAACCAUGGCUCCUGUAAAAGUAACUCGAGGUCGACCAAAGAAAUCUACAAUCGAAGCGCCAGCACCUCCACCCCCCAAACCUACAAGGGGUCGACCAAGGAAAGAUGCAUCUCAAGCGGAACCGGAAUCAAUCGUGGUCGAGGAACCUGCAAAGAAAACAACUCGCACACGUGCUCCUUCUGCUACGCUUUCACGCGCCAUGGGACCGAAGAAGAGGGUCAAGUUUGAGGAACCAGACAAGGAGAAUAUUGUACCAUCCUCACGAGCAAAGCCCAAGGCUGCAGAAACAGCCUCAGGUCUGCGAGCAAAACCGGUUCGAAAGCCUGUAUCAUCUGCAACAGCUUCAACUCGUGCAACUCGUGCUAGAGCCAAGCCUGGCCAGGACGAGAAGGUAGAGAAACCAUUACCAUUAAGCCCGAAGAAAGCGGCACAAGUUAAUGCGAAAAAGGAACAAUCGUCAGACGAUGAAUUAUCGACAACAGUAAAGACUCCAAUGAAAUCAUUGAUGAAGAGUCCUGUCAAACCACCAGGAAGUAUCUUUGAUACUGCGAAAAAGAUUGAUUUCUCGAACUCCCUUGCAGCACAAAAACCUAUUGAAGGAGCUGAACUGGAUUUCCACGCAUCUAGUAUGAUGAGUCCAGCUCGUCGACCCCCACAAACUGCAGAGAAGAAAAUGAAUAUACCUAUAUCACUUGCUGAUAAACCUUUAAUGGAACCUACCCAGAUAUUCAAUGCAUCAACAAUGGCAAGCCCUGCUCGACGCCCACCACAAUCAUCACCUUUCAAAGAGACAUUGAAAUCAAAUGCGCAAAGGUUUGAAUUUGGACAUAGCAUGCGAUCACCUUUCAAACCCAAUUUGUUUGCACCAGAACCUUCAACGACCGCAUCUCCUUUCAAAGCAUCUCUUCUCCAAUCGCCAGCUCGCAGACCAAAAUCACCCACCAAAGUCGAUGAAGCUGGGUCACCAAUCAGAAUCAAUCAAGGUGCUUCAAUAUUUGAUGCUACUCCAAAAGCCAGCACCUUUAAGAUCUCAAAAUUUGAAACCCCGAGAACUCUCAUGAAGAGCGCAAUUCGUCCUGGUCCGAUGUUUCCUCCAAUCCCUUCAAGCGCCCUCAAGGACAAUGUUUUCAAUGGCAGUCCAAUCUCAAAGGAGACAAACUCUUUGCCAACUCCUGUUCUAGAAUUCUCCGGACGACUCUCGUCGAUUAUGCCGCGCUCUGCCGAUCCAGCUUUAUCACCUGCGGUUGAACUUCCACCUCAAACAGACGAGCCCGUAGAACUUGUCGUGGAUGAUGCCCAAGAGCAGUAUGCCGACCCAAUGGCCACUGAAGAUACAAAUGAAGUAGUCGAGACUAUCGAAGCUCAGAGCACCACACCGCCAUGUUCGCCUCCUCGCAAGGAUACUGGCAGUUCGUUUGAGCUGCGCGAAGAGCCGAUUGAUGACAACUCAGAUUCAGAAGAUGAGCUUGCUCCUGCGGCUAAAAAACAUUCAUUUGCCCCGCUUGCCAAAUUUCAGGUUUCUACUAACGACUUCGCUUCUUCUCCUGCAACACCAGUCCGACUUGGUAACAUCAACAAGACUCCCAAAAUGACUACAAUCAAAUCAGCGAUGCGAUCUUCAGGAAGAUUUAAUCAGGAAAAGAUUGGUUUUACUCCUUUAGCGAAACAGCUCAGUAACUGGAUGGCUGCAAGCCCUGAAAAAUUUGCUGAAAUCGAGGAUGAAAUUGCUGACCCUGCCUCACCCGCACGAAAGGUAUCAGCGAAUGAAGUGUUUGCCGACCUGACUACGGCUGCAGCUUCUCCAGCUGUUGCUUCUCCAGCUAAGAGUAGUUACUUCGAGGAUGAGAUGAGGAUUCGAGACGAACUCAACAUGGCCGAAAACGAAUCUAUUCCACUUGAAGCUCUUGAAGCUGAGACCAGUGAGCCAGAAUUCGAGGAUAUUGAGCUCCUAGAGGAAGAUCUCGACCUCGCAGAAGAAGCUGAUGAGUUGUCGAUGUUGGAUCCCGAAGCAUUCGAAGCAGAAAAUGAUGGUGAAAAUGAAAUUUCAGAGGAGCACGAAGAAAAUGACGAAGAUGAAGAACAUGAAAUUGCAGAGGAACACGAAGAAAGCGACGAAGAUGAAGAACAUGAAGCGACGAUCAUGGGCAAUCUUGAAGAGCCUAUACCUGAACGAGAGCCUAGUCCUUCCGACGCUAGCCAAGAAUAUGGGGAUGAAAAUGAAAUGUUGAUCGAUCCCGCACUUUUGGCUUCUGCGCCUCAAUCACCAACUGCACCAGCGGCUUCAGCUUUCACGACCCCCAAGCGUGUUUUGACCGAGAGAACAUUCCAUACCGUCGCAAAAGUGCCACUCAAAGGUGCUCAUGAAACUCCAAUGCGGCCAUCACAAGCGAAGAGAAGCGCUAGUAGUUCGAAACUUCCAGCUGUACGCCCGUCUAGCUCGUUAUCUCGUAACAAUACCGUGAUCUCAUACUCGCCAUCCAAGAGUACACCUAAAUCUCAACAAGAAGAAGAAUCCACGGAGAGUGCAGAUAGCCAACAAUUUGCUACCCCUAUUAAGUCAGAGACUGUCACUUGGUCCACAGUCGCCACACCAGCCCGUACGCCACGUCCGGAUCUCAACACAGCACUUUUGAAGGGAGUUGUAGUCUUUGUUGAUGUACAUACCACUGAGGGCGCUGAUGCUAGUGGCUUAUUCACCGAAUUGCUUACACAGAUGGGCGCCAAAUGUGUUAAGACAUGGUCAUGGAAUCCAAACAGUGAUGACAAAAGCAAAAUUGGAAUCACUCAUAUUGUUUUCAAAGAUGGUGGAAAGAGGACACUCGAGAAAGCUAAACAAACUGGAGGAGUAGUCUCUUGUGUUGGUGUUGGUUGGGUUUUAGAUUGUGAACGUGAAAACCAAUGGCUCGAUGAAGCUUCUUAUGCAGUUGAUACAGCCAUGGUUCCUCGAGGAGGUGCACGUCGUCGUAAGAGUAUGGAACCUCGUGCACUUGCUAAUCUCAAUGGCACCCUCGUUCCAUCAACUGUACCUGCAAAAUCUACAUAUUCAACCUUGACCUAUCCGGAUACCACACCACUAACUCUCAAAUCUAAGAGAAGAGAAUCAACACAGUGGCAAAAAUCACCUAUCUCCAACGAAGAGGGUGAAGUAGAUGAAUUAGGUGACGACAAUUGGAUGUUAAGCCCUGUUCCCGCUACACCUGCCCCGGAAACAAUCAGUGCAUAUGCGGAAGAAGGAUUGUGGGGUGCUGAGACACCAGGUGCCCAAACACCUUAUUAUUUCAAGAAGGAUAAAUUGGUACAGAUGACAGCUCCAGGUGGAAAUAAGAAGUUUGUGGACUUUGAAGAGGGUGAGAGCAGCGGAAAUGGAAACUCGGGAGACGGCAUGGGUUUCUUGAGAAAGGAAAAGGAUCAGAGUGUCAUGAUGAGGUUGAUGGCUGCUAGGAGGAAGAGUUUGCAGUGGGCACCAAAGGUGGGAAGUCCACUUGCCAAAAGAUUUGAUGGUGGAUUGUGA